UGCAGUUUUGCCUGCAACACAUUUGUUGCCGAGCAACCGUAAACACUUCCUGGUCGAAGAUCCAGUGUUGAAGGACAAGAACCACUUUUGCCAUUAGAUAUUGCCAGAAUGGAUCUUAAUCCUAAUCAUUCAGAAUCAAGGACGGUGCCAAAUUCAAAACCUGCAAUGCAAAAGGGAGCAGGCUCCAAAUGUAAUAGUUUAGCUCUUACUGCUGUUGCAUUGCAAGAUCACAUCUCAAGGAGCCUACAAAUCCAGAAUCUCUCACUUUCUGCUCCUCUAAAGAAAGGACACAGGAACCGAUUGCACAACUGUAAAUCUGUUGAUAAAAGUGUAAUAAACCCAUUGGUGGACACUGGGUUAAAAAACAGAAAGCUCCUGAAGAAGAGGUGCAAUGGAAGUGAGGAGAAAGAGUAUGUGCUUGAUCCAAGUCCUCCAGCAAUGACAUUGGCUCAGAAAAUGGGUCUGGUUGAGGCUCCUGCGAUGCCUCUCACUGCAGACGACUGGAUUAAAGUAAAGGAGAGGUCUGUGCAGCAAGGAGAGUCAUCACAGCCUUGUGUGAUUUGCAAAGAAGAAUUUGGGCUUCAACAGCAGGUAUUGCUGUCCUGUUCACAUGUUUUUCACAGAGUUUGUUUACAGGCAUUUGAGAGGUUUUCAGGGAAGAAGACAUGCCCCAUGUGUCGGAAAGAGCUAUACGAGACCAGAGUCAUACAUGAUGGGGCGCGGCUGUACAAAACCAAGUGUGCAACCAGAAUUCAAGCAUGCUGGCGUGCAUAUAUUGUACGUAAAUGGUAUUCACACUUGAGAAAAACAGUACCGCCAAAAGAUACAAAAUUAAGAAGAAACUUCUUUGAACAAAAACUCCAAGAAAUGAACGACAGCUUUUUAAAGUCAUGUGAUACCAACAUUGAUGAGUUCCUCUCUGAAAUAGACAACUCUGUGGCAUCAAGUAAAGGUGUUCUACACCAGUUUGAGAAAGAGUGUGGGUUGGAAAUCUCUGAGGAUACAUGGGAGGAAAUACAGCUGAAGGCUGUAUUGCGGGAGACCAGCGAUUGCCCGAUUUGUAUCACCCCACUGUGUCACAUCAGCAGCAUCUUACACCCAACUACAUCUGGUGAUAAUGAUACACACCUUUCUUUGCGACAGACUGUGCUUUUAUCUUGCUCACACGUUUUCCACCAUAACUGUCUAAAGGCCUUUGAAGACUUCUGUGUAGACGAGAGGCAUAUCUGCCCUUUAUGCAGGUCUUUGUACCAGAAAAGGAUUCUCUGAAAGUAGCAACUACUGCUAAAACAAGGUAUUCCUAAAGCAAAUACAAUGCCUUGCAAAAGUAUUCAGA